AGGUAGUGGAAUCUUGUAUUCUGUGUGGCAAACUACUGCGCGACUGAUAACAAUAUUUCAGUUAGAAAAGAGAUUAGUUUAAAUUCAAAAUUUUAUUUUGUGUACUAGUGAAUAUUCUAUCAAUUUCUUUUGUGGGAUCGCGCAGAAACAUCUAGUCAAUUAUAGUUCUAAUUUUACGAUUAUAUAUCGGAACGUAAAGAGUACUAUGGUACAAGAAUCGGAGUCGAGAUUUUCCAGCGACCAGCAAACAAUUCUUCAAACCUUGGAUCCAAUUCACCGUUCUCUUCUGUUAAAUAACUCGGAGUUUGAAAGCAUAAACUCCAACACCAUCAAUAAGUUCAAUCAAUUUCCAACUUCAACUGGUGAAGUCUUACAACAACAACAACAAUUACUACAUCUACAACAACAACAAACACAGCAAGAAAAACAACAUCCAAAUAAUUCAAUUGAAAAUAAACAUUUUUACGAUACCAGCUAUUUAGGAAAACCAGAUGCGACAUGUGUUAGUGAUAGUAAUUGCGUAACGUUGUUUCACGAAGAAUUCAAUAUGCCUGAUGAAUUGGAAUGUUCGGCGCCGUCAAACGAUAAACAACCGACUGUAAAUGAACGACAACCAAGGAAACACAUUCGGAUUCGAAUUGUAACUAACAUACGGCGACCUUGUGGAUACAGCGCAAUAGAAGAAGUGCCAUCGGAACGCACAUCCGUAAGCUACAGCCCUAAGCAAAGAUGGUCGUCGGAGAGUCAAACUGAUAGUUCUAGCUAUGAGCAUGUUGACACCGACUCCGAAAUCGAAGUGUCUAGCGGUGGAGCUGAAGAACAUACAGAAAAUUCUGGCGGCAACACAAAUACAGACGAGUUUAGUGAUUACACCGAUUCUAACAACUACGGAUCGUCUAGUAACGACGAGACAAGUUCAACCUCUUCACAUUCCGCUUCUACAGCGCCAAUGAUUCAAAUAACGCAGCAGAUAACUGAACAACGGACUGUCGUCUCAAUGGUUCAUGUAAAUAAGCAAAAAGUCAAAAGUUUCCAAAAAUCAAGAGAAGAUAGGUCGACGGUGAUGUCAAUUGGAAGGCCGAAAUGGAUAAACAAACAGAAAAUCAUCGACGACAAUGUGUGCAACGAAAUAUUAGACGAAACUAUCAAUUCGAAUGUAAUGGAAGGAGAGACGCAGAAAAAUUUGCUUGAAACAGCUCCUGUUACAGACACUAUUAUCUAUGGAAAACUGGAAGGAAAACCAAAACCUUACCAUCCGAACUGUGGAAAACUUUUGAAAAGGCGAUUGGCUCGCCAGCGCAGUGAUGAUGUUCAUUUUCCAACAUACCAGAAAACCCAAAGUGUAUCUGACGUUCCUAGUACGUUCCAACCGAUUCGUAACGUACCUCCAGCAAAACCACCACGAACAUUUGCAUCAUCUUCGUCUAAGGCCAGCUCGGACAGUAUCGGUGCAAACACUGCCACCACACUGCCUAUUGGAGACCAUAAAUCAUUGCCAUCUCAGCAUUCGUCACAAAUGUCGCCCGGUGGAGGCUGGGCAUUCGACAAAACGCUGAGGUCAACAACCAAGCCAACCUGCCCUACGUUGGACGAUAUCAAUGACUUUGAACAUCCGAAAAAAAUUGGCUGGGUACCAUCGAUAGCGAAGUGUGACGAGUUCUUACAAGUUCUGCAUAUGUUGAACGAUGAUCGUACAAUGACAUCCAAAAUUACGUCGUCUAAUUUAACACCAGAGCCCCAAUUUCAGAUACCUUGCAAAGAAGAUAUCGAUCAAGUCGACUCAUAUACGCCGCCAAAGCCUGCACCUAGACGAUCGAAGCAAAUGUCGAUAGAACUAAACGACUCGAUAUGUAACAGCACACCAGUUAAACGUCCGAAUCAGUUUUCGUCGCAUAGCGUUCCAAAUUCAACUCGCAAUGAAAUGGAUUUUUGCAAGAACUGCAAAUUACAGAUAAUGGAACCACCAUCCAGUGCACGUAAAUCGUUCGGCAAAGGGGCGAUUAAACGAACGAAACAAUUUUUUCAAGCUUCCAGAAAUAUCCUGGGAAAGUCUAGACCGAAGCCAACGAAGCCGUAUGAAAAUUGUACUGAAAACGAAUUUUCUGCUGAUCUCGAUGACAAUGUUGACGAGACUCCCAGAAAGUUGAGAUUGAACACAACUGUCGAUUUUAACACCAACGAUACGGUUAGGUUUGAGAAGAAAAUGGAAAAAUCGUUGGAUUUGACACCGAAACAAUCAGAAAGUACCAAUAAUAUCGACGGUCCGCGACGCAUCUUAGAUAAGCUCUUAACAUCAGUAAAACGUACACCUCCAAAGAAACCGAUUCGUCAGAGUCUAGCGCAUAAAGACAUCGCUCGAUCACCAUCUAACAACGAAGAGGAAAAUUUCAACUUUGACCGCAUUGUCGAUUCACCGAAGCCAAAAGAACGAGAAAAAAGCUUCAGACUGUCACCAAGGAAACUUCUUUUCUCGGCUAAUGAACGACCGAUUAAAAUGCAGCAUAACAGCUAUCGAUCAUACGAAGUGGACGAAGAUGACCUCAAACAGUGUAUGGUUGAGUAUCUACGGAGUAUGAACAAGCACAUUGAACAUAAACAAGGAGAAUUGGAAUGUGUCAGUGUUCCACGAUGGCGGUCACGCGUCCGUAAUUUUUCUACCAGCAGUGAUGCGACCGAUUAUGUUCCGCAACAUCAGCGUGUCGUUGAAAUUGACUGUCAUCCGGAGCCGAUAUACUCAGAAAUUGUGGCGAAGCCGCCUACAACAGUCUUAAACCACAUUAUAGUGAAUGGCAAUCCGAAAGCAAUUUAUACUACGGUGAACAAGGCCAGAAAUCGGAAUGUUGUCACACCGAUCACCGUGGAUGUCGACGGAAUUCACGCUGAGACUGAGGAAGCCGACUACUCAAGGUGGAAUUCAUUGGAAAAAUUGCCCAUCCACAAUAACUUUGCCGAUUCGGUUCUUAAUAUGCUCUCAUUGAUGAAAGGGCACAAUUUACAUAAAGAUUCCCAGAUACGAGACGUUGUCGAUUUAAAGACUCAACAAAAUGCUUCGGAAGUCACAGGUUCUUAUGUAGUAGAACCAACUGUUGUUCCAUUGACAUCGGAACAGUUUCAGAAAUCACCGUUAAAAGCGAAUUAUGAAGCGGUCGAUGAUGACAUCUCCAUGGAAACGUUUUUUACUGAGAGUUUAUGUGAAGAUGUGAUCCGUGGCGAUUCUGUGAACAAAAACAUUGUCAAAGACAUUGUUUCCGCAUGUCAACAUAAGGUGUCUGAAAUUGCUUUGGCGGAAUCAGAAACGGACGAUGAAAUCGAUUUACAUUGCAUGACUGAUGAGAAAAUGGAUUCGAAAGGAGAUUCGGUUGAAUAUUGUAGCAUCCUUGACGGGAAUGCUUCAAAUAGUCCAGUGAUCGUCAAUGCCCCAACAAGCAACCGAAGAAGGCGCAGUUUACAAUCUCCCUUGGUAGCAGCGCCAUCCAUGAUUGAGAUUCCUGAUCAAUUUAUGCUUAAACUAACAAGUCAAAUUGUUGCUCAGCGUGAGAUUCGUAAUCAAUUAAAACAGGCGAUACACGUAUGCCGUACGACCAAAGAAUUCGAAUGUUCACCGGAACUGAUUGAGGCCGAACGUCUUAUGUUGCUUUCGGCGAAAAAGGAAACGUACGCAAAGCUUGAAUUGAACCGCAUUGAUUAUGAAGAAAACGGAUUGACUGCUAGCCCAGCCAAGUGUGUCGGAACCGUUACGUUGAAAAACAUUGAAUUCGACCUAAAGCCAGAAGAGAUGCUAGAGCAAAUCUUCCAAUUGUCGUACAUUUGCGUGUGUUCGUACCGAAAUCAAGUGGUGGCUACGCAUCCACAAGAACGGAAUGGCAGUACGGUGAGGUUCGAGGAUAUAUCACUAAAAAUCGGAAGCUUGAACAGUUCGUUUGAGAUAAAAAUUGAGAUAUUUGUGCUGAGACUAACGAGACCGAUGAGGAAAUACAGUCAUGAAAGCAAAUAUCAUUUGAAUAAGAUACCUAAGAAGUCCUUGUUCUCCAAUACGGUGAAAUUGUUCACGAACGCAACGGCUUCGACCAGCAAAACCAUCAAUCAAUCGGAAGAAUCUCGAUUCCGUCUGCGUGGAGUGUCAACCAUAUCCGCAAACUGUUUAUCGUCCGAGAAAUUCGAAAUCGUUCGAAAUGUUUCAUGGCCGAGAACGCACGUUUACAUAAGUUACAAUACCAAAGCGUUAAAUCUGAAAAUCAACGACCAGUUUUCGAACAUGACUGGAGCGUUAAGAACUGAAUUUAUCUGUGAAGUAGAUCUGAGAGACACGGGGCUGGCCGGUCAUCUAUACAUUGAAGAAGGGAUUGCUACGAAGAGAGAAAUGUGGUGUCGGCUAGUUGGUUGUACAAUAGAAUGCUGGAGCAACGACAUCGAUUGUCUUAAUGGAAAGGUUCCAAUAUUAUCCAUCGAUAUCGUAAAGAGCACCAACGAACUGUUCGAGUUGAUUGACCACAAGGUGGAAGUAGACAUCUUCCACAAUGAAAUAGCCGAUCGGGCUGACAAGAAUCGACUCAAACGCUACUGGCUGAGUGCAAAUAAUCAAAAUGAUCUCAUUUUAUGGUUGACUGAUUUAAAUAGAAUUUUAAAAUUUAUCAGAGAUUGGAACAUUUAUUAGGAUAAGACUUUGGUCAGGUAGGUAGUUGCUGCUGUUGUUUUUUACGGUCUAAGAGAAAAUUUAUGAGAAAUAUAUUUUUUACGUAUUGAUAAGAA